AAUUUUUUAAAAAACUUUAUAAAUGUUUCCUUUUUAUUAUAGAUGUUAUUUGGAAAAUUUGAAAAAGGAAACUAAAUAAAAAAUUUAAUAAUAUUAUUUAAAUCUAAUAUUUUUAAUUCAUUAAGGGUAUCAAUGUAAUCAGCCAUCGUGAGAGUUAACGUGAGCGCGACACAUAAGAAACUGACUUCUCAAAUAAUAUUAUAAAGAUUAAUUACAAAUUGUAUUAGUCUUAUUAAUAAUUUUAUUUAUCUCAAAUACUAUUGUUUAAAUAUGCGUAAUUAAUAAGAACAUAAAUGUAAUUCAAUCAUUUUUUAAUUUAUGUGAAAAAAUUUAAACUGAUAUUUUUUUUAAAAAAAAAGGAGGGAGUAUUAAAUAUUUUAGGCAUUAGGUGUUGAGUUAUUACCCGUUUAACACCUAACUAGGGUUUGUCCUGUUUUAAAUAGAGUAGUAAAGCCGAUACCAACCAGAUUUCGAGUUAGAGUGAAAACUCAUCAUCAACAUGGGCGUAAGCAAGAUGAAACUUAGCUGGUCGGAGCUUUGUCCUGAUUUGCUGCGAUGUGUUUAUGAACGUCUCAGUUUCACGGAUCUAAUUCGAGCUAAAUCAGUUUGUUCGUCGUGGCACUCAGCUUCGAGAGGCUUCCUCCCUAAACGCAAUCAGAAUCCAUGGCUGGUUCUCUUCCCGAGCAAUGGCAGCCACGAUAGCAAUGGUACUUGCUUGUUCUUCGUUCCGGAGGAUAAAGACAAAGUCUACAAAACCAGAGAUCUUGGUGUUGACUUUGCUCGGAGUCGUUGUCUUGCUACUUACGGUAGCUGGCUCUUGAUGAUGGACAACCUGUGGAAUCUCAACGUUCUGAAUCCCUUAACCGGUGAGAGGAUUGACUUACCUGCACUUACAGAGCCUGUAGUGCCUGAAAGAUUUAGACCAAUGUUGAAAUCUAGUUUAGCUUGUCUCUGGAUUGACAAGAAAACCAAAGAUUACCUAGUUGUCUGGACGAUGGAGCACUUCCUGGUCUUUACCAAGAGAGGGAUUAACACGUGGCGAAGGUUUUCUUCUAACUACGUGGGAGGGACCACGGGGUAUGUACAAAUGGUCUACGAUCACAAGGCUCAAAAGCUCUACGCCCAUCGUCUUUGUUAUGGUGACAUCAAGAUCUGGUGUUUCUGUGGAGAUGAUGAGCCGCAAGAAGUUUUUGAAGCCGAGUCUGCUUGCCUUACUGGCUUCAGUUAUCGCGAUUUCCUCCCUAAUAGGUGGCGAACAAAUGGUUUUGACUUUGAAAAAGAAGCAGGUUUAUUCACGGCUGAGUAUGUUAACGGCUGGAUAAACAUUGCACUCACGGUAUCGGGACAAGUCCUCAAGGUAUCUACUGUAGUGCAACGCUCCAAGAGAUGGCUUUUUCGCAUUCACCAGAUAUCUCAUGUGACCAAAAAGUGGAAAGAAAUUGAAUCUUUGGGAGAGAAAGCAUUGAUAUUAGACAUGGGUAUCACUGUUGUCGCCAAAGACAUCCCAGGGAUCAAAAGAAACUCGAUCUAUUUCAGUGGCGUUGGUGAUGGCAUAGAGGACCAGGACAACAUUUUUGUCUUUGAUCUAGCCACCCAAAACAUCCAACGUCUGCCACAGUGUGUUUUCUCUCCCAUUCACUUCUCUGAUGCUCGAUGGUUCUUUCCCGGUUUAAGAAAUUAAUCUUCUUGGUAAAAAACCUUUUCCUCUACGUACUCAUCCUCCCUUGUUUUAUUUUAUACAAGAUUUGGUCUCCUGAUUUUUUUUGGUUAAUGUUAAUCGAAAACAGUAAGAACUUUUAAGGAGGAGAGUUUGAGAAGGAGUUUUGCAUGGCAAAAGAAUACUAUGAAGAAAUAAGAACAUACUAGAUUUUGACCCGCACUUUGAAAGCGUGGAUUUAUUUGUUUUUCAUUUAUUAAUCGAAAGCUUAUUUACAAAUUACCAUUAUUUUUGCUUCGAACCACAACAAUUGAGUUUUUAGGUUUUUAUCAUUUGUUUUUUUUCCUCUUCAAAAUAUAGUAUUUGUUCGAAAUAUGGUAGUUGUUCUAUAAUAAUGUUUGAUUUUUAAGAUUUGUUUUUAUAUUUGACCUAGAUUCAUGGUUGAACCUAUAGACCCGAUACUUUGUAUAUAAUCCGGUUCAGAUUUAAUGAAAAAAUCGUUAAAUUAAAAUUCUGAUAUAACCCGGUAAAAACCCAAAAACUCACUACUAGCUUGCGAUCUGAUACCAUUGAUCCGAUUACAAAAUUCUGAUAGUACUUUUUUAAAAAAUUGAUUAAAUUACUCAUAUAUUUUUUAAUAUUACAUAAAUUAGUGAUUCCUUAGAAUUUGAUAAAAAUUUAUUAUGCUAUCCAAAUAAAAAAUGAUAAUAUAGAAAACCUUAUUGAUAUGAAAAUAUUAGUUUAUUUUCGUUAUUAAUAACCUAUUAUAAGUUUGUGUUUUUAUUUUAGAUUUAAAAAUUGAUUUUAAGAUAGU